GACCGGUGCGGGUGGUGCAUGGGAUAGGUGGCUGUCGGAAACCGAGCGUACGGGGUGUCACGUGACGGCCCGUGCGAGGUCACGGGGCGCGAGGAGUUCGACGGUGCUGAUUGGUGCCCGUAUAUCUUCCAGGGUCAUGCUGAAGCACGUGCAGAUCAACCCGCCGCGGUCCUCGCUGAUACGGUCUGGCCAGAAGGCGGACACUCUGAGCAUCAACUCCACCAUGAGCUUCAGCUCACUGCACGAGCCGGCUCUGUCGUCUCGCUCCUCCUCCUACACAUCGCUGAACGAGACACAGAGCAGCACGGGCAGUAGCGGCGUGCCGGCCACGCCCACGACGACGGUGAAGGUGUACACGCGCUGUCUGCGGCCUGACCUCGAGUACAAGACCAUGUGUGUCAAGUACACAACCACGUGCCGGGACGUGGUGGACCAGCUGCUCAACAAGUACCGCAUGAAGCACCGCGACCCUAACCUGUUCUUCCUCACCAUGGAGGUGGCCACCAGGAGCACAGGUGCUUCUGUGCGGACGAUCCUGGUGCUGGAUGACGACUCGUGUCCAGCCCAGCUGCAGGCCUGCUACCCGCGCGCCGACUCCAGGUUCACCGUUCGCAUGAGGCGAGGCGGCCUGGUGAAGGUGUUCGACAGCGUGCUCAUGGCAGGGUCUAAGUACAAGAGCCUGCUGAUCUCGGAGAGGACAACUGUUGACCAGAUGAUCCAGUUGUUGCUGAACUGUUACAACUCCUCGGAGGGCGUCAAUCUCUUCGGCAUUUACGAGGUGGGCCGUACAACGGGCUUCGAGCGCAAGCUGCACCCAGACGACCGUCCGCUGCUCAUACAGCAAGAGUGGGCCUCCAGCAGCGACUACAGCUUCGUGCUGAGGAAGCGGCCGCCGGGCACACCACGCAUCGGACGGGACUUCCCCCUCAGGCGAUCGGCCCUGUGAAGAGCUGAAAACCUUACUCGUAACC